AUGAAGGAAGAGGGCGACGAAAAUAUUAGCGCCUUUGAGCGCAGGCGGCGCGCCAACAUCGCCGCCAAUCGUGAAGUCCUAAUAGACAUCUCGGCGGCUGCCAAAAAGGUCAUUCCGGACAAGAAGCCUUCGACUCCUAAGCCUAAGUCUUCGUCCUCUUCGCGUCGCAGGGAGCCAGUAAAGCGCGAAUAUACACGGCCAACGCGGAGCAGUUCGCGACUGGCCGGUCUGGGAGCAGAGGAUGACACUCUCAAGCGCAAGCUCGAGGUCGAGGCUGAAUCGCAGGCUGCGGAGGCCAAGGCCAAGAAGAUGCGGGUGAACGGCGACCUCAAUCUGGGUGACAUUGCCGUCGACGGUAAAAAAUGGGGUAGCGGGUUGUCCGGCAUCAAGGACCUGGUACGGGGAGCGCAGCCGGGCGUGAGGACCUUCACCGAGGAUGAUGUGAAGGAGACCACGGAUAAGGAUCUCAAGGAUCUGAGGUCACGGAUGACUGACAUGAAGCUGUACGAGCACUGGGCUCCCAAUGACAUCAAAAUCACCCCCCAGCGCGUAUACGCCCUCGGGUUCCACCCUACCGAAGACAAGCCCAUAAUCUUUGCCGGCGACAAAGAAGGUGCCGUGGGUGUAUUCGACGGAUCCCAAACAGCCCCCGAGGUUGACGACGACGAAGACGCUGCACAGACGGACCCCGUCAUAUCAGCUUUCAAGACCCAUUCGAGGACUAUUACGAGCUUUGUAUUCUCCCCCGAAGAUGCCAAUGCUGUCUACUCGUCCUCGUACGACUCGUCCAUACGCAAGAUGGAUCUAGCCAAGGGAACAUCGGUACAGGUCUUCGCCCCCGCCGACGCCGACGUAGACAUGCCCAUCUCAGCCUUGGACAUGUCCUCUAUGGAGCCUCACACGCUGUACUUUUCCACGCUGGAUGGGUCUGUGGGGCGGUACGACACGCGCACAAAACCCGGUAGUGAGGAGAUGUGGGCUCUGUCGGACCACAAGAUUGGCGGCUUCUCUCUGCACCCGCUGCAGCCCCACCUCCUUGCCACGGCGUCUCUCGACCGCACUGUCAAGAUCUGGGACUGCCGCAAGAUUGAGGGUGAAGGGCCGGACAUGCGUCAUCCUGUCCUGCUGGGUGAGCACGAGUCGCGACUAUCCGUGUCGCACGCCUCAUGGAGUGCGGGUGGUCACCUCGCCACCUCGUCGUACGACGACACCAUCAAGAUCUACGACUUCUCAGCCGAUGCUGCAUCGUGGAAACCGGGCCACGAUAUCGGCGACAAGGCAAUGGAGCCCAGACACAUCAUCCUCCACAACAACCAGACCGGACGAUGGGUCACCAUUCUCAAGCCCCAGUGGCAGAAGAGGCCCAGUGACGGCAUACAAAAGUUUGCCAUUGCCAACAUGAACCGAUUUGUUGAUGUCUUCGCCGCGGAUGGAACGCAGCUCGCUCAGCUGGAUGGUGAAGGGAUCACGGCUGUCCCUGCUGUCGCGCAUUUCCAUCCUUCAAAGAAUUGGGUUGCUGGCGGAACCGGAAGUGGAAAGCUUUGUCUUUGGCAGUAG